ACAGGAUGUUACAAUAAUAUGUGUCCAGGUUUUGUUCAACUUGACACUGAUGUACCAAUAGAUUAUGCAUUCCCAAAAAUCUCUAGGCCAAUGUAUGAUGACUAUGAAUUGGAAAUUCAGAUAUACAAGGAUGAAGACUAUUAUCUUUUGUUUCAGGGUUUGUUUAGCAUUGGAUUUUGGCCGGAGACACUUUUCAAUGAAUUGAGAAAUGGAUCACAGGUAGUGCGGUACGGAGGACAGGCGUUUACACCGGCGGGUCAACAAUUUAGUCCACCCAUGGGAAAUGGUAAUUUUGAGGAUGGAAAUCCACACACCACUUGUCAUAUGCGUCAAGUCAUGUAUGGAGUGGGCAAUGAUCAAGAUGUUCAACCCGAUGAAUCGUUGGUUCAAACGCAUCAAUCUAGAUGUUACCAUGAAGGAAGUCAACAUAAUGCUCAUGAUGAUUACUGGGAUUAUAAUUUUGUAUUUGGGGGUGCUGGUUUUUGCUAA